GGAAGUACUGUUCCUUCCUUCCGGUUGGUCUCGUGAGCAGCCGUUGUCCAAAUGUGUUGAACUUUCGCUUCCUAUAACAGCGAACCAGCUCCUCCGUAUCGUUUAAAUCUCCUGAAAUAUUACAGUAGUAUAUUUUAUCUGACCGGUUCAAGUGUUUAACUUAAUGAAAACGACUUGUUAUUCGUUUUCUUUCCUCCGAGCGGUAGUUGAAACUAACUUCUCCGGCUAGCGUUAGCUAAGUUUAGCUAGGCUAGGCUAACCUCUGAAUGGCGCCCCUCCGGGUCCUGUGCAUCCACGGGUACCGUCAGAACGGCACCUCGUUCCGGGAGAAGACGGGAGCUCUGCGGAAGCUGCUGAAGAAGCAGGUGGAGCUGGUUUACCUGAGUGCACCGCACAGUGUGCAGCAAGCGCCGGAUAAGGAGGAUGGUUCCGGUCCUGGAGCUGGAGACGAUGAGGACCAGAGGGGUUGGUGGUUUUCUGAUGUCCAGGCUCGGAGUUUCAGCGCACAGCAGCAGUGUCAGGAAAGCCUGGGACUCGACGAGAGCCUGACGACUGUAAGAGAAGCUGUGAAGGACCAAGGUCCAUUUGAUGGCAUCCUUGGCUUUAGUCAGGGAGCUGCUUUUGUGGCCAUGGUCUGCUCUCUUCAGGAACAAAAACUGGAGCCUGAGUUCAACUUCCGCUUUGCCAUACUUGUCGCUGGUUUCCGCAGCGCGUGUAAGCAACACCAGACGUUCUAUGGUACUCCCCUCCUGAUCCCGUCCCUGCAUGUGUUUGGACUGGAGGACCGAGUCAUCCCUGACAACAUGAGCAGGGAGCUUCUUCCCUCCUUCCAAGACCCGCAGGUUCUGACCCAUCCGGGUGGCCAUUUUGUUCCAGCUGCUUCUGCUCACAGACAAACCUACCAGGAAUUUCUGAAGAAAUUCUAGUGAAAAUUAACACUGAAAAAUAGCCAAUACACAUGCUCCCAAAGGACAAUGAUUAUUUAUUAUUGAGAAAAAUCUUGUGGUAACGAGGCAGUUUGGGUUAAAAUGCCAAGUUGGAUCGAAGUACUGUUUUUGUUUCUCCGCUGGUCUAAUCCAUCCAAAACAGUUGAAUGGCUGCUGUCCAUCUCAGGGAAGAUGUCUUCUGACAGAUAAUAAAUUAAGUGAUAAUAAUGGA